UGUACAAAAGUUUAAUAAACAAUUAAAAAUAUACUCCUUAAUCCUCACUUGUGUUCUAUUGAUAGGAGUAUUGGUUUUUUUAGUGGAGACCCAAGUUUCACCCCACUUGUGUCAGUUUUGAUGGAUUAAGACAAUAAAGGAUUUGAGUUAAGCUUUGUGUGAGUUUGUCAGCUCGAAUCCCGAGUUCACCUGCGUUUUCGUCCCACCGUAUGUUACACCAGAGAGUUAUGCUCUUGUGAUGACACAACGACCAUUAAGUGGCAGCUGUUAGUAUGGUUAUCCGAGGAAACGUCCAAGCCAAAUACUCAAGCUAACGUGAAUUCGGUUAAGACAAAAUUGUUUAGACGAAACGAGGCAACGGGGAGUAGCCAAAAUCAGAAGAAAGUCGUCGUUUGAAAAAAUGCAUGUCCUUAUUUCUUUUUUUUUUUUCUUUUUUGUGGAGACACCGUUAACAACCACUACCCGCCAAAACCAAAAAAAAGCGAAUAUUUCCUUGCUCCUCAUGUUGCCACGUUGAAAAAAAUCCCCUUAUUUCUUUGAUCCACCGAAUUUACUAGUGGUGAACCCACACACACAUCCUUCCCCCAAAACCACAUACAUACCAACCCUCCCUCCUUCCUUCCUCACUCCAUCGAAUCUUCUCUACUUCUCUUCCAUUCCGCCAUGGAAGCAUCUUCUCAGCUCAACUGCUGCAGAAUCAACUCUUUCAUCAACGAUAGAAGCACCGGAUUCACCGCCGUACGCCGUCCGUUUCCAACCAUUCUUAGGGUUAACCGCCGGAACAGAGUGAAGACACGCGCCGUCGCAACCGAGCCCAAGCCGAAGACAACCGAGGCGAAACCGUCAAAAUCUGUCAAUGGAUCUGUUAACGGAUCUGUUAAUGGAUCGUCAGUUUACGGCGCAAAUACGAGAAUGGAGACGGUUUCACAGGAGAUUAAACGAGUUAGGGCUCAGAUGGAGGAGAAUGAGCAGCUGGCGACGCUUAUGAAGGGGCUUAGAGGUCAGAAUUUGAGUGAUUCUCAGUUUGCUGCUGAUGAUGUUGUAAUGCGUCUUGUAGAGACUGAUGAAAGUAGCGAAUUAUUGCCUCAAGUAUAUGAUCCUGCUAGUAUCUCUGCAUAUUGGGGUAAAAGACCACGAGCUGUCGCCACACGUAUCAUGCAGUUGACAUCCGUAGCAGGCGGAUUUCUUUCACGUCUUGCGUGGGACGUAAUAAAUAAAAAGGUUAAAGAGAAUGAAGUUGCCCGCGCAAUUGAGUUGAGGGAAAUUGUAACAUCUUUGGGUCCAGCAUAUAUUAAACUUGGGCAAGCAUUGAGCAUUCGGCCAGAUAUAUUGUCGCCUGCUGCAAUGACUGAGCUGCAAAAGCUUUGUGAUAAGGUUCCGUCAUUUCCUGAUGAUAUAGCCAUGGCAUGUAUAGAAGAGGAACUUGGAGAGCCAUGGUACAACAUCUAUUCAGAACUAACAACGUCUCCGAUAGCAGCAGCCUCACUUGGGCAGGUAUAUAAGGGUCGACUAAAGGAAAAUGGGGAUUUGGUUGCUGUUAAAGUACAACGGCCUUUUGUGCUCGAGACAGUAACCAUAGAUUUGUUCGUCAUAAGGAACUUGGGUUUGGCUCUCCGGCGCUUUCCUCAGAUCUCUUUGGAUGUUGUCGGGUUGGUAGAUGAAUGGGCUGCCCGUUUCUUUGAGGAGCUUGACUAUGUUAACGAGGGUGAAAACGGAACUUAUUUUGCAGAGAUGAUGAAGAAGGAUCUGCCACAAGUUGUCAUACCUAAGACUUACACUAAAUACACAUCAAGGAAAGUUCUUACCACACAAUGGGUAGAUGGCGAAAAGCUUUCACAAAGUACGGAAAGUGACGUUGGGGAACUGGUUAAUGUUGGAGUCAUAUGCUACCUAAAGCAGUUACUUGAUACUGGUUUCUUUCACGCUGACCCACAUCCCGGAAAUAUGAUCCGGACCCCAGACGGGAAGCUUGCAAUUCUUGAUUUUGGUUUGGUAACGAAAUUGACGGAUGAUCAAAAGUACGGGAUGAUCGAAGCUAUUGCUCAUCUUAUUCAUAGAGAUUACGAUGCCAUCGUUAAAGAUUUCGUAAAACUUGGAUUCAUUCCUGAGGGGGUAAAUUUGGACCCGAUAUUGCCUGUAUUAGCUAAAGUAUUUGACCAGGCCCUUGAAGGUGGAGGAGCAAAAAAUAUUAAUUUUCAAGAGUUGGCGGCUGAUUUGGCACAAAUAACGUUCGACUAUCCGUUCCGCAUUCCGCCUUAUUUUGCCCUUAUAAUCAGAGCAAUUGGAGUGCUUGAGGGUAUUGCUUUAGUAGGGGAUCCAGAAUUUGCCAUUGUAGAUGAAGCAUAUCCGUAUAUCGCACAGAGGUUGCUCACUGACGAAUCUCCUCGUUUACGGAGUGCUUUACGUUACACGGUGUACGGAAAAUCUGGAGUCUUUGAUGCUGAAAGAUUCAUAGAUGUGAUGCAAGCUUUUGAGAGCUUCAUAACCGCCGCCAAAAGCGGUGGCGGGGAGGAUUUAAACGGUGACAUGGCUGGACUCGGUGUUAUUCAAACUCAGACAAACAUCGCAUUCCCCCGGUUUCAACCAGGCGGUUCUCAAGAACCACCAGUUGAAACAAGAGCCGCGUUGGCGUUUCUUCUAUCCGACAAAGGGAAUUUCUUCAGAGAAUUUCUCUUAGAUGAGAUUGUGAAAGGCAUCGAUGCGAUUACUAGAGAGCAGUUGGUCCAAAUUAUGGCACUACUCGGGAUCCAAAAUCCGACGCCGGUUUUCAGCAUGGUUCCUUCCUUUGGAGCCAUCAGACCCGCAGGGUUAAUUCCUUACAUAACCGAAGAGGACAAAGUCAUACUAAACAACGUUGAAAAGAUUGUUGAAUUUUUAACCGCUCAAGAUUCACAACCCCGAUCACCAGAUCAGGGUUUGGAUGUGAAUCGGGUCAUUCAAGAGCUUCUUCCCGUUUUGCCCGGUCUAUCAGCUAAGGUGCUACCUGAAGUGGUAAGCCGGUUGUCUUCUCGGGUUUUGGCACGCUUGAUUCGGGAUACGUUUUUGUAAUUACUGUCAGCUCAUUGUUUAUUUGAAGCCGCAACGAGCCGCUCAAUUGUGCAUAUACCCAUAGGAAUUGUUUGUUUACUUAUGCAAGUCUACACCUGAUGGUGAAUUUCUUUUGCCACAUUUACACAAACCUGUAACUUUCAGCUGUAUAGGACAAUCAACUCGGCAGAUAUAAACAUGUAAAAGUGGAAAACAAAUAAUAAAAAACGAGCUUGAUACA